AUGUCCUUCGUUUUUUUUUCUUUCUUUCCAUUUUAUUGCUCUCAGUGCCUUUCUUUCUUUCUUUCUUUAUUUCUUUCUUUUAUUUUCCAUCUAAUCCACUCACAUGUUGUUCAUGUCCUAUUUUUCUUUCUUUCUUUCUUUCUUUCUUUCUUUCUUUCUUUCUUUCUUUCUUUGUUUUUAUUCUCUUUUCUUAUAGUUUUCUCUUUUUUCUUUCAUUCUUGCCCGCCAAUUUCUUUUCUUUCUUUCUUUCUUUCUUUCUUUCUUUCUUUCUUUCUUUCUUUAAUUCCCCACUUUUUUCUUUUCCCCCCCCCUUUUCCAUGUCCUUCAUGUUUCGUUUCUUUUUUCUUUCUUUCCAUUUUUAUUGCUUUCAGUUCCUUUCUUUCUUUCUUUCUUUCUUCCUUUCUUUCUUUCUUGCUUCCACCUAAUCCCCUCACUUCUCCUCCCUUUUCAUGUCCUUCGUUUCUUUUUUUCUUUCUUUCUUUCCAUUUUUAUUGCUUUCAGUUCCUUUCUUUCUUUCUUUCUUUCUUUCUUUCUUUCUUUCUUUCUUUCUUUCUUUCUUGCUUCCACCUAAUCCCCUCUUCUCCUCCCUUUUCAUGUCCUUCGUUUCUUUUUUUCUUUUUUUCUUUCUUUCCAUUUUUAUUGCUCCCAGUUUCUUUCUUUCUUUCUUUCUUUCUUUCUUUCUUUCUUUCUUUUGUUCAUCUUCUCCUUUUCGAAGUGAAUCCAUUUUUCUUCUUUUCUUUAUAUUAUUAUUAUUAUUAUUAUUAUUAUUAUUCUUAUUCUACCCCUACUCCCGCCUCUAUUCUUAUUGUAUCUCUUGUGAACCAGUUGAUCCACCACGAAUUCUUAGUGGGGGAUUAA